AUGGCUGACAUCAAAACUCUUCCAGCAAAGUUGUUAUUGAAGAUUUUCGAAAAGGUAGCGAGCCAUUCUAUCGAGGACAUUUCGAACGUUAAAGUCAGUUGCAAACAUUUUUUAAAUCUUGCAGAGCAUAAUUCGGUGUAUAAACAUACAUCGUUGGAGAAAUUUGCAUGUUUGCCAAUGACUUCGGCUUCAGCGCAAAGACCGUUUGUUCACGAAGUAAUCAACGAUUGUCACGGUGAGCCUGACGAGGAAUACAAGGGGAUGUUUGAAUGGGUAAUGACACCAAAUGAACAUUACAACAGAGAUCACCAAUUAUAUUUUUUGAAACGUUGUAGAGAGAGUGACAACCCAGAAAUUUUGUACCGUGAAGGAAUAGUACAAUAUUACCAACAGAGUUGUUGUUCUUUGCGCGAUAAGGUGGCCCUUGAAAAUUUGAACACGGCAGCACAGAAUGGUCACGAUGAAGCCAAGUAUGUUUAUUAUAUGCUUUUGAUGAUUGGCAACGAUCAGGAUGAACAAAAUUUGGGUUUGAAAUUUGUCGUUCUUUGA